GUAGUUUGAAUAAUUAACUAAGAUUGUUGAUCUCCGAGCCUUUAUACGUGAUACAUGGCAAACCGUUUCUUUUGCUCCUUCCGUAGAACAUUGCUUUCUCCUGUCCUUGCUUUUUCUUCUUCGAAGUAUCAUCCCUUUAGGUUGGGUUUCCAUGAGUACCAGAUGAUUGUUUCUCCAGCUGAAGCUUACAUUCCAUUCCAUCCGUGGAGAACUUCUUGGGUCUUCAGGAAUUUGAGCCAUGGUUCAGUAAACCUAGUCAUCUCUGAAGGGAAGCCCAAGUUUGAAAUGCAUGAAAUUGAGCCUCCAAAGAAAGAAAAGUGGAAGACCAAGAAGCGAUUAAAGUUGCAGCGAAAGAGAGAGAAGCGAAAGAGGAAAGCAGCUAAUAAGAGGGAUCCACGAUGUCUUGGGGUCAAGGGGAAGAAGCAGAAAUUCCCAAACGCAGAGGCUAGAAUCAAAUACAAGAUUGAAAAGGCCAAAAUCAAGGAAGGUUUAUUGAUUGAGAGGUUGAAGAGGUAUGAAGUUCCUAAAGUUCAAGGCCCAGAAGUUCAACCGGACAACCUCACUGGUGAGGAGCGGUUCUACAUGAAAAAGAUGGCCCAGAAAAGGUCUAAUUAUGUGCCAAUUGGCAGAAGAGGGGUUUUUGGAGGUGUUAUUCUUAAUAUGCAUUUGCACUGGAAGAAGCAUGAAACUGUUAAGGUCAUCUGCAAGCCUUGUAAACCUGGUCAAGUACAUGAGUAUGCAAGGGAGAUUGCUAGAUUAAGUGGUGGGAUCCCAAUUCAGAAAAUUGGAGAUGACACUAUAAUAUUCUAUCGGGGAAUAAAUUAUAUUCAGCCAGAAAUUAUGUCUCCUAUUGAUACGUUGUCCAAGAAAAGGGCACUUGAAAAAUCAAAGUAUGAGCAGUCACUUGAGUCCGUGAGGCGCUUCAUAGCUGUAGCUGAGAAGGAAUUGGAACUCUAUUAUAGGCAUGUUGCACUCUAUGGUGACCCGAGCACCAGGGACUCCAGUUCAACCUUUCCCAAUCUUAGAAAAGGCUUUCAUGAACAAGGAAUCCCCAAAGAAAUUGAUUCAGAAAGCCUUGAUUCAACUAGCGAUGGCUCCUCGACUGAUCUUUCAGAAAUUGAGAGUUUUGCAGGUCCACAAUUAUCAGUAGCCGAUGUUGACUCUGAAGACGAAUUCUUGAUGGAAAUUGAAGAUGAUUUUGAGGACUCUGACGUACUAAGUACCGAAGUUGAUUCUGAUGAUGAAGAAAGCUCUUCUGCCCAACAAGAGAGCUUUGCCUGUUCAGCUUCCAACGGUUGGACACGAGUUUUUGAUGAUCAAGAUUUUCUCUGAUAGAUUUGCAAAUCAAGAAGUUUUAAGUUCUUCUAUUUAGGAGGCUAAGGUACCUAUGAGGUUGUCAAUAUGAUCUGAAGAUUUUCUUGAACUUAUGGUAAGCUUAAUGGACAAAAAUGCUAUUUACUUAGCAAUAAAUUAUAUAUGUUCAUUAUAUUCUUUUUAAACACGGUUAAAUUUCCACA